GUUGCCUUACAAAAACUGGAGUUGCUUUCUUCAUUAUCCCAGAGCUUUUCUAGUCUCGUGAAGGCUUUGGUGGAUGCUCCAGGAGUUAAACUUUGUUUGUGCUCCAUGGGAUGAGUUUAGGUCAUCAGUUUAUUUUUCUUCAAGCAAAGGGAGGGUGUGGACUCCACAUAGGAGCUCUGCAGAAACCGGUCCUGUUGUGCAAUGUAGCUUUUUGGACACAGAAAGAAGAUUGUCUCUUUUACAGCGACUGCACACGGUGUAGCAUUAAACCACGUCUUCCACACAGGACAAACACUGAGGCAGCAAAUUAGUGCAAAACGUGGACAAGUUGGGAAGAGACUUUUCUUUCCAUCUCUUCCCUUCUCCCCUCGCUUUGUGCUGCUGUUGGGACAAGAAUGGGUCAACUGUGUGGACGAUGCCUGCAGCUGCUGCGGGACUUCGCAGCCGUGGUUCAGAGGACAUCCGCAGAGCUGCUGCAUGGCAUUAAGGAGUGCUUAAUUCUGAUAAGCAACUGUUCUUGCCUAAAACAAAGCAGCUCUACAGGCAGACGGCUGUACAAGCCCAUCCUGCAGCCUCACGAGAGGGUGACAGCACAAGAGUUUUUGCAGCACAUUGAAACAGGUUUCGAAAUGUCACCACUUGGAAAGGACCCUCUGGAAGCCUUAAGGACCUUAGCCUUUUCAGAAAACCCAGGGUUACAACAGUCUGCAGCUCUCUACUAUCUGCAUAUGAGUCAGCACAUGAAUGUCCCCCUGCCUGUGGAGCACCUGGAACCCUUCUAUGCCUUACUGCGGUCUGCUGACCUGGAGGUGCAACAGAUGUCGUCCUUGUCCCUUGUCAACUUUUUGCUGGAAGGAAACAUUGACAAAGAACUAGUUGUCCAAAUGGGUUUACUUGAGCCAAUUCUCGAGCUGCUUGAGUCAGGGGAUCCCACUGUCCAGUGUAAUUCCUGUGCCUGCACUAUGACUUUGGCCAUCUCAGAGUCCAACCGGGAGGCUAUUGGUGCUGCUCAAGGAGUUACGCCCUUGCUGGCUCUUGCCAAUUCAUAUGAUCCUAGAGUCCAACAAAAUGCAGUUGGUGCUAUUCUCAACCUCACACAAUCAGAGAAGAUCCAACAGGUCCUAUGCAAGGAAGGAGCCCUCCCAAUUCUCACUUUGCUGCUGGAGUCUCCUGACUCAGAAGUGCAGUAUUACAGCUGUACUGCCCUGAGCAAUGUGGCAGCCAAUGCGCAGCACCACCCAGCCAUGCUGAGGACAGGCAACAGGUUCCUGCUGCGAGCGCUCGUCUCUCUUCUGUCUUCUUCUGUGGAUAAGGUUUCAAGCCAGGCAUGUGUUUGCCUAAGAAAUUUAGCCACCAGCGUGGAUACUCAGGUUGAGAUUGUUGCUCACAACGUCCUGCCCAAGCUGCUUUCCCUCCUGGCAUCUGGCAAUAAGGAUGUCCGGCGUGCCGCCAUCGCACUGCUCUGGAUACUGUCCCAGCACCCACGCAACCAGGAUGCUCUGACAUGUGCAGAGCUACUGCAGAGGCUGGGGAUGCUACUGUCAGCACAUAAAAUGGACCCUGUCAUUGCUGGCCAUACUGCUUGUAUCAUCCAAAACCUGAGUCUUUCCAAAAACAGACAGAGAAUCGUUGAGAGCCCGUGUGUUGAAGGUCUCCUGCAGACCAUGCUUUCUACUGAUGUUCAAGAAGACUCCCUUCAUUAUGUGACAUCUUGCCUCGCUGAGCUGGCAAAGCAAGAAGGAGCCACGUUACACAUGGUUCAAUGGAUAGAUGAACCCUUGACGAAGUGCUUGGUGAGACUGGCUGGCCAACUGGAACAUACGGAGCCAUCCUUUCAAGCUGCCUCCAUCAUCCAGCACAUGCUAGGUCACGAAAAGAUGAUGCUUUUGUUGAAAUGUCAUGUCAAAGAGACUCAGGCCUACCUCAAGAAUUUCCUCACCCACCAAGAGAUUCGCUUUCAACAGCUAGGCAUUUCUACAUUCUGCAGAUUGCAAGAAGAUCCAGAAUUUUCUUUGGCAUUCAGAAAAAGCCAAAUGACCAAACUCCUUGAACAGGUCCGUCAACAAACGGAAGAAACUCAAGAGCUCCUCAGGGCAGCUAUUUGCCACGCAGACAGUUAAUAUUUAAGCCAGAUGGUUUACAAAAACCUAUCAAAUCCAAGAUCCUGAACCUUCAGAGAAAACAACUCUCUUCAUUGGCUUUCACAGUUGAAAGUUUUCCUGCUUACUUGCCUUUUCACUAUACAAAUAAAGAGCAUACAGCAUCUCAUACUCUAUAAAAUGGAGAUGUUCUGACAACAACAGGAGUCAGAGCAGGUCAAAAUCACCACUUGGACAUGCCGGCUAGCUGCUUACUUGUGCUUCGACUACGGCUGCAUUCCUUCCCACCAUUCGGAGGAGAAAAGAGAGGAACCCCCCCCCACCAUCGAACCCCUGUCAUGCCUGGAUAAUCUCCCUCCCCCUUUAAAAAACAAACAAACAAACAAACAAACAAACAGGAAGUGCUGUAGUCAUGAGGUUUUAUUUGUGUAAAAAUCUGUGUCUACUGGAGUGGCGCGCCUCUCUAUAAAGUAUGUCGGUUAUGCUAUA